CUUUCCAACGACGUAUAGUAUGUCCGUAAUGAUGAAAGUUGAAGCGAGAUACGUCACUGCGCACUGUAAAAAACAGUCAGUUAUCUGCAAUCGCCCGCCGGCGGGCGGGUGGGUGCGUAGAGGUUUUAACACUGAUUAUAUAAAGUUAUAUGAAGAUGAUAUAAAAGUUAUACAACAAUGAUAUAAAGUUAUAUGAAGAUGAUAUAAAGUUAUACAACAAUGAUAUAAAGAUGAUAUAAAGUUCUAUAAAGAUUCGAUCUUCGAGCCGCAGGUUCAGACUGGUUUUAUUUGAGUGUAACAGCAGCCUGCAGAAAGAGGACUGAUGAAGAAGUGGAGGAAUUCAUCUUAAUGCAGCAGAUCAACAAAAACUACAGACUCCAGAUAGCUGCAGUUAAUGAGAAGAAACUGAGUAAGUGGAACUUAAUUAUUAUCAAUCUCUGCUCUUUGUUGUAUCAUCUUUGUUGACCUCUAAUACCAUGUUGUACCUCAAGAGGUAAUAGUCUGACAUUUUAUCAGGGAGGUGUAAAAACAAAAACAUAAUAUUUUUUUAGACUUAUUUUCUUUACUGAACAGAAAGAAUGCAACUAUAUGUCUAUAUGUCUGUUUCUCUGCAUCAUGGCUCUGCUGUCCCUGCCCGUCGCGACUUGUCAUCCCCGGAGUCAUAGUCCCGGUCAGAAUCGUUGUAAAUCACCUCUGUACUGUAUUCCCUGUCCUAAAACUGACCUCCAUUACUCUCACAGGUUGUGUUCAGCCCCAGUCUAGUGUCCAGACAGGUUCACUGGGAGGCUGAUGAGGCUCAUCACCUACAGUGAUUCCCCCUGUGAUCAGAGGUGGCUGCAAGUGAUUACCAUCAUGGAAAGAGUCAACCAGGAGAGCGCAAAGGUUCAUGGUCAUUCUGCCCAGCAGCAUGAAAUUAACCUGGACUUUGAGCUGCUGGAGGAGAACAUUUUCAAGUUUGUGAAAACUGAGCUGAAGAAGGUAAGGAGAACUCUGUGCUCAGAUUCCCCAGAAUGCUCAGAAAGUCAGAGAGAGGAUGAGGAGGAGAUGGAAGGAGGGGAUAAAGAGCAGGAGAGGAACAGCAGAGAUGCAUUAUUGAAGAUCACACUGCACGUCCUGAGGAAAAUGAAGCAAGAGGAGGCAGCUGAACGUCUGCAGAGCAAACAUCUUGCUGGAGUUUGUCGGGGCAAACUAAAAUCUAACCUGAAGAAGAACUUCCAGGGUGUGUUUGAGGAGAUGGCUAAAGCAGGAAACACAACCCCUCUCAGUCAGAUCUAUACAGAGCUCUACAUCAAAGAGGGAGGGACUGGACAGAUCAAUGAAGUACAUGAGGUUAAAGAGAUUGAAAGCGCUUUCAGGGAACGAGACAGACCAAAAACAACAAUCAGACGUGAAGAUAUCUUUAAAACCUCAACUGGACCGAUCAGAACAGUGAUGACAAAGGGAGUGGCUGGCAUUGGGAAAACAGUCUUAACACAGAAGUUCACUCUGGACUGGGCUGAAGACAAAACCAACCAGGACAUACAGUUCACAUUUCCAUUCACUUUUAGAGAGCUGAAUGUGCUGAAAAACAAAAAGUUCAGCUUGGUGGAACUUGUUCAUCACUUCUUUAGGGAAACCAAAGAAAUCUGCAGGUUUGAAGAGUUCCAGGUUGUGUUCAUACUUGACGGUCUGGAUGAGUGUCAACUUCCUCUGGACUUCCACAACACUGAGAUCCUGACUGAUGUUAGAGAGUCCACCUCAGUAGAUGUGCUGCUGACAAAUCUCAUCAGAGGGAAACUGCUUCCCUCUGCUCGCCUCUGGAUAACUACACGACCUGCAGCAGCCAAUCAGAUCCCUCCUGGGUGUGUUGACAUGGUGACAGAGGUCAGAGGGUUCACUGACCCACAGAAGGAGGAGUACUUCAGGAAGAGAUCCAGAGAUGAAAAGCAGUCAAAAAAAAUAAUCUCCCACUUGAGGUCCUCACAAAGCCUCCGCAUCAUGUGCCAAAUCCCAGUCCUCUGCCAGAUCACUGCUACAGUUCUAGAGGAUAUGUUGAAGACCGGAGGGGAAGGACAGCUGCCCACAACCCUGACUGAGAUGUACAUCCACUUCCUGAUGGUUCAGACCAAACUGAAGAAUGUUAAGCAUCAAGGGAAAUCUGCUAUAGAUCCACACUGGAGUCCAGAGAGUAGGGUGGUGAUUGAGUCUCUGGCAAAACUUGCUUUUCAGCAGCUGCAGAAAGGUGACCUGAACAUCUAUGAAUCAGACCUGACCAAGUGUGGCAUCGAUAUCAGUGCAGCCUCUUUGUACUCAGGAGUGUUCCCUCAGAUCUUUAAAGAGGAGAGAGGGUUGUACCAGGAAAAGGUGUUCUGCUUCGUCCAUUUGAGCUUUCAGGAGUUUCUGGCUGCUCUUCAUGUCCAUCUGACGUUCAUCAACUCUGGAGACGAUCUGCUGUCAGGAGAUCAAACAGCAUUCUGGUGGGGUGAAUUGUUAGGAGACAAACCAAGGCAGUUCUACCAGAGUGCUGUAGACAAGGCCUUACAGAGUCCAAAUGGACACCUGGACCUCUUCCUCCGCUUCCUACUGGGUCUCUCACUGCUGACCAAUCAGAACCUCCUGCAAGGCCUGCUGACAAAGACAGGAAGUAGUGCAAAGAUCAAUCGGGAAACAGUCCAGUAUGUCAAAGAUAAGAUCAACAAGGACCUGCCUCCAGAGAGUAGCAUCAAUCUCUUCCACUGUCUGAAUGAACUGAAUGAUCAUACUCUAGUGGAGGAGAUCCAACAGUACCUGAAUUCAGGAAGUCUCCCAGCAGAUAAACUGUCUCCUGCUCAGUGGUCAGCUCUGGUAUUCAUCUUACUGUCAUCAGAAAAAGAUCUGGAUGUGUUUGACCUGCAGAGAUACUCUACUUCAGAGGCUACACUUCUGAGGCUGCUGCCAGUGGUCACAGCCUCCAACAAAGCUCUACUCAACGUGUGUAACCUCUCAGAGAGAAGCUGUGAAGCUCUGUCUUCAGUUCUCAGCUCCCAAUCCUCUUCUCUGAGGGAGCUGGACCUGAGUAACAACAACCUGGAGGAUUCAGGAGUGAAGCUGCUUUCUGCUGGACUGAAGAGCCCACACUGUUCUCUAGAAACUCUCAGACUAAGUAGCUGUAACCUCUCAGAGAGAAGCUGUGAAGCUCUUUCUUCAGUUCUCAGCUCCCAAUCCUCUUCUCUGAGAAUGCUGGACCUGAGUAACAACAAUCUGAAGGACUUAGGAGUGAAGCCACUGUCUGUUGGACUGCAGAGUUCACACUGCACACUGGAAACUCUCAGGCUGUCAGGCUGUCUGGUCACAGAGGAAGGCUGUACUAAUUUGGCCUCAGCACUGAGUUUCAACCCCUCUCAUCUGAAAGAGCUGGACCUGAGCUACAAUUAUCCAGGAGAAUCAGGACUGAAGCCACUGUCAGCUGGACUGGAGGACCCAGAGUGGAGACUGGACACGCUCAGGGUGGAGCCUAGUGGAGUGAGAUGGCUGACACGAGGUCUGAAGAAGUAUUCCUGUGAACUCACAAUCGACAAAAAUACAGUCAACAAUUGGAUCAAACUCUCUGAUGACGACAGGAAGGCGACAGAAGUGAAAAAGGAUCGGUCAUAUCCUUUUCAUCCAGACAGAUUUGACCACUUUGAACAGCUGCUGUGUGUUACUGGUCUGACUGGGCGCUGCUACUGGGAGGUUGAGUGGAAAGGAUGGGUUGACAUAGCAGUGAGUUACAAAAGAAUCAGCAGGAAUGGGAAAAAUGAUGCCUGUGUAUUUGGAAGAAAUGAUCAUUCCUGGAGAAUGACCUGCUCCAGUGGUGGAUAUUAUGUCAGUCACAAUGACAGAAAAACAACCAUCCCCACCUCCUGCUCUGGCUCCGGGAGAGUAGCAGUGUAUGUGGACUAUUCUGCCGGCACUCUGUCCUUCUACAAAGUCUGCACUGACAAACUGAUCCACCUCCACACCUUCUACUCCACAUUCACUGAACCUCUUUAUCCUGGCUUUGGGUUCUUUUACUGGUCUGGUCGUAUUGGUUCUUCUGUGUCUCUGUGUUCUCUGUAGGCUAAGGGGGUCCAGACAGAUAGUUCAGUCUGUAAUGUGGGUAACUCGCACAGAACUGGUUUUAAUACUGAUGUGUUAGAGUAGGCUGAGGGAGCUGCAUGAUCAUUUGCUAAAGAAAGAAAAGAGGAUGUUAUGAUCAGGUAUGUAUGUGUGAGGGUAAAAAAUAGAAAAAUGCUAAAUAAAUAUGGUACAUUUCCAAUGACUUUGUUCGUAAGAUUCAGUUCCCAAGUUAAUUUUCUCCUAAAUUACCUCUUACCAUUGUGUAGUGUACAAUAGCUAGCAAAAACAUGCAGAAAUGUGUGUUUUUAAUGAGCCAAAUCAAAGGUGUGUAUGUGGGAGGAGAUGGAGGUGCAGAGUAUUUUAAAACCACAGAUACAACGGGAAGGAAAAGAUGUAAAGUUAAAUAAGCCGUUUUAAUAUAUGCAGAGAUUUCUUUCCUCAUGAAAUUAUGAGGAACACAGAAGAGUUUUAAGGAUUGAAUCAAUGCCCGGAGAGGAACUCUGAAACAUAAAAUAAGUGUAAAGUGUAAAAAUAAAUUAAAGUAAAAUGUCAUUUAGGAUCAAAUUCAGCAUCUUAAAUAAUUUAAGAAAUCUGCCUUCCAGUUAUGUUGAAAUCAAAUAAAAAGUUUUAUGAAGAUUCUCGAUAGUAAAUUAUGCUGAAAACAAAAUCAAAUUAUGCCAAAGCAAACAUGAUUAAAUGGAUCAUAACACUGUAUAAGAUGAAAACUCAACUUAAAUCUAUUUUUUUUUUUUUUUUCAGUAUUGUUCAUUCUCCUUCUGUUUAUCGUUGACUGUUCGUUUGGGGAAAAAUAUAAAACAACGAAAAAUCUGAUUGUAGGAAAUGUAAAUCAAAUUACUCUUCACAAACCAACUCAACCCAACCCAUGAGAAGGUGUAAAAUUUGAUUAAAAUAACUGUGAGGGAAAUUCCUGUGAUAUGAGUUUUUCCUGUAUAAUCAUGUUUUUGUUAAUAUGAUUAUGCUUGUGCUAAUAUAGGCCGUGUCCUCCACGGGGAUCAGUAAAGUAUUUGUGAUUCUAAUUCUGAAUAGAUGAGUCCAAUGUGUCCACCAUGAUAUCACCAUGUUUAAGUUGUUGUGAAACUGAAGAAAAGUAAAUUCACUGUAAUGGAGUUAAUUAUGCCAGUGGGUUGAAAACUCUUCCUGUGUUUGUGCCUGGAUAUUAUUCCUGCAAAACAAAAGAACAUGUGUAUUCUAGACUACAAAACAAUAAAAGUUGAUUAAGUAACUAACA